AUGAUAUUGCGAGUCAGAAGGAUACCAAAAAUUGCAUACAAAUUUGCAAUCCCUAUAAGGUAUAACUCAACAAAGGACAAAUAUUCAUCUAUUGAAGAAUUCAACAAGAAUAAAACUAAAUACAACUAUGGAUAUAAUUUCGAUUCAUUGGAUAAAUUAGAUGCCAAAAUUAACCCUGAUCAUGUAAAUAAACCAACCACUCCACAAAGAUCCUAUGCUGAAGCUGAAGAAGAUAAACCUAUGGAUAUCAAUGCUAUUAUUGAAAGUGAUCCACGUUUACUUAAUUUCAAACCAGGUACUGCUGAAUAUCGUGACGAAUUGAGAAAAAUACAUGCUGAGUUUUUGAUUAAACAACAGAAUCAACAAAAGAAUCAUGAAUUUAGGCAACGAAUGAAAGCGGUUAUUGUUGGGUUCCUAGCUUUUGUGGGUAUCAUUUCUGCACAUCAAAUAUUUAUGAACUACGACUCAUUAAAGAAUAGACUAUUGAUGAAUUACACCUACGGUGAUGUGCAAUCAUCAGAAGACAAGACCAAGGUUACUAAUACAAAAAGUACUAAAUACUUGUUGGAAAAAUUAACCAAGGAACUAAGUGAUGACCACUUGAAUCAAAUUCAAAAUUCAAAAGAGGUUACUGGUGUUUAUGUCUUUGGAAAUGAUACAAAGAUUCCAUUACGUAUUCCAUUUUUUAAUGAUAUGAUCUUGAAGGAUGUAUAUGUUGAAAGAGGGCAUUUAGUUGCGGUUAGUGACAAUGGUAAAGUCUAUGAAUGGAAAAAGGGAUGGUCUGAUGCUAGAUUAAUUAACUUGCCUUAUAAUGUUGAUAAGGUGACACCUACAAAUGAUUAUUUUUACUUUUUGACAAGUAAAGGUGAAGUUGUCUUCAUUCCAAGAAAUAAGUCUGAUACUAAAUUUGUACCACUUCAAAGAAGAAAUUGGUUUGGUUUAUUGAAAACACAGAACUACAACAAGUUGAAUGUUAAGAACAUCAAAGAAAUUGAGGCAGGUGCUAAUCAUUUAUUGUUAUUAGAUAAACAGGGACAAGUAUAUGUUGUUAACUCAUCGGAAAGACCUUCUAAUCGUGGCCAAUUUGGCUCGGUGUAUUCCCCUUUUGAUAACAAAGAAGUUCCUGUUAAUACUCCUAUUGAUUUGACUUUAUUAAACCAUAAAUUUGUGAGAAACACGAAAGGUGAAAAGGUAUUGGUUCCUCGUGUGUUUGAAUCAAUUGCUGCAGGUAAAUACUUUAAUUUGGUUUCCGACGAUGAAGGUAAUAUUUGGACAUGGGGUGAGAAUUCUUCUGGACAAUGUGGGAAUUUGAACACCAAAGAAGUGAAACCAAUUCCACAACCGGCAUUUGCCAAAGAUGAUCUCAAAAGAGUUUUGAGAAACGUGAUACCUCUUGCCAAGACUGAUUUGAUUCAAAUUAAGAAACUUGCAGCUGGUGACGAGACUGCUUACGCUUUGAUCAAUUAUUUGGAUAAGGACAUUCUUAUUGCGUUUGGAAAUGGAUUGAAUGGUCAAUUGGGAGGUUCUAGGUAUAUGCAAGUCUGUUGCUGGCCGGAGAUUACUAAAUCAUUACUUGACAUGACAGAAUUUGACGAAUCUAUAAACUCAAUCAAGACAAUUGGAAUUAAAGAUAUUUCCGUUGGCAACAAGCACUUGUUCAUAACCUUGAAUAAUGUAGGCCAGUUCAAAGAUGUUUAUGCUGUCGGAGAGAAUAUCAUGGGACAAUUGGGUAACGGUAAGAAAACUAAAACUUGUAAACCAAUAAAGUUACCAAGAUUACUUGAACCUGAAGACAAGUCAGAUAGAGUGGCUAUCGUUCAAAAUUUGACUGAUGUCAAUACCAAAAGAUUAUUGUUACUUGAUAACUGGAGCAUAUCUAAGAAACCUGUAGAUCAAGUCAUUAAAGCUGGUGAUGAUACUUCUGUUAUAUUUUACAAGCAUCAUUAA